UUCCGGAGGACAGUACAGGAGUGAACACUGGAGGGUAGCAUCUUCCGUUUCUAUGUUCACUUAUCUAUCACAUUAUAUGGACCUUCAUUGAUAUAAUUGUUUUGUUGCGCUCGUUGUUUAACGAACAAUUUAAAUACACUAUAAAUACCAAUAAUAGGACACCGCAGUGAAACCGCUGGCGCGUGAGAUGAAAUGACAACGUCAACACUGCAGAAAGCGAUUGAGCUGGUCACUAAAGCCACAGAGGAGGACAAGGCCAAGAACUAUGAGGAGGCGCUGAGACUCUACCAGCAUGCUGUGGAGUAUUUCCUGCACGCCAUCAAGUAUGAAGCACACAGUGACAAGGCAAAGGAAAGCAUCCGAGGGAAGUGUAUGCAGUAUCUGGACAGAGCUGAGAAACUCAAGGACUACUUGAAAAACAAGGACAAACAGGGCAAGAAACCAGUGAAGGAAACACAGAGCAAUGACAAAAGUGACAGUGACAGUGAGGGAGAAAAUCCUGAAAAAAAGAAACUCCAGGAUCAUCUAAUGGGUGCGAUUGUGAUGGAGAAGCCCAAUGUGAGGUGGAGUGAUGUUGCCGGACUGGAGGGGGCAAAAGAAGCCCUGAAAGAAGCUGUCAUUCUACCCAUCAAAUUCCCACACCUGUUCACAGGCAAGCGCACUCCAUGGAGGGGCAUUCUUCUCUUCGGGCCACCCGGCACAGGAAAGUCCUAUCUGGCCAAAGCUGUGGCCACCGAGGCCAAUAACUCCACCUUCUUCUCCGUGUCUUCCUCGGACCUCAUGUCUAAGUGGCUCGGCGAGAGUGAAAAACUGGUGAAGAAUCUGUUCGAUCUGGCUCGCCAGCACAAGCCCUCCAUCAUCUUCAUAGAUGAGGUGGAUUCUCUCUGUGGAUCCAGAAAUGAGAAUGAGAGCGAAGCCGCUCGGAGGAUCAAGACGGAGUUCCUGGUGCAGAUGCAGGGUGUUGGUAAUAACAGUGAUGGGAUAUUAGUUCUCGGUGCUACUAACAUUCCCUGGGUCCUUGAUGCUGCUAUUCGCAGAAGGUUUGAGAAGCGCAUCUACAUCCCGCUCCCCGAGGAGCCGGCGAGAGCGGCCAUGUUCCGCUUACAUCUGGGUAACACACCUCACAAUCUGACCGAGGCAGACCUGCGUCAACUGGCCCGCAAAACAGACGGAUACUCUGGAGCUGAUAUCAGCAUCAUAGUACGAGACGCUCUCAUGCAGCCUGUCAGGAAAGUGCAGUCCGCUACGCACUUCAAAAAGGUGCGAGGCCCGUCUCGCAGUAACAGCUCCGUCAUGGUGGAUGACCUCCUGAUGCCGUGUUCCCCCGGUGACCCUGAUGCCAUAGAGAUGACCUGGAUGGAUGUACCUGGUGACAAACUGCUGGAGCCCAUAGUGUGCAUGUCUGACAUGCUGCGCUCUCUGGCGACCACACGCCCCACCGUCAACACAGAAGACCUGCUGAAGGUGAGGAAGUUCACAGAGGAUUUUGGACAGGAGGGCUGAACCACGACACUCCAUUAAAUCCCAACAUCCAUUCGUAUGUAGCUGUCCCAUCUCAACCAGGACUAUCUCCUCUAACUAACCCGCAGCCUGACGGCCAGGAGCAUGUAGUCUAUUCUAACCUCUCUAAUCGCCCAACACUACAGAACAUCACAUUCAUCAGUUUGGAAAGACGAAAGCGCAAGAGAGAGCAUGAAGCUUGCUGUAAAUUGUUUUGUGUUUACAUUUACAUAAUCAAAUUGAUUGAUGUAUUCAUUUUAUGAAGUUUUUUGUCUGUCUGCCCUUAAUUCUGAACCGGCUAUGAACAAUACAGCUCUCAGCAAAGAUUUAUGUUAAUUUAUUUUAUUUAAUUUAGUUGUUUUGAGUGCAGAUCACUUUGAGCUUUAAAAGUAUCUUUUGUGUCCAGCUUAGUAUUGCAGCACUUUACUGAAUAAACGUGGUCUGGGUGAAUCUCUCAAAGACACGUCUGGGUCACAUUUCACCCCAGAAUUAAACAGGAAAAAAAAUAAAUUGUAUUCAGAUAGAAAUUGAAGCCUGUUUGGACAUAAUUAUUAAUGCUGAUUAUUUUGAGAUUUGCUUCAUGAUGCAGUGUCACAAUGCAAAAAAUAGGCUUGAUGUUCUUUAAUCAUAUUUUGGGUAUUUGGGUUAAGAAAAUCAAGUCUGUUUUACGACUUUUCUGAUUUUUUGCAGUGAUACAAUGUUUUCAGUGUAUCUUCCUUUGCCUGUGGGCUGAAAUAUGACCUGGCCAUGUGUUUGACAAGCUAACCCAUCAACAUUUCACUUAUUUAAAAACCGAUCAAGCAGAUUUGUUGUAAUGAAGUGUGUUACAGACCAUUAGCUGUCAUUCAUUCUGAAGAAUAACAUGCUGACCUGAUCUGA